AGUCUGCCUUGUUGGCGCCAAAGGAAGUGGAUGUACUUGUGCGUGUAGUGUUAUGGAAAGCCAUCCACGACGACGACAGCGCUGAGCUGGCGGCGAAGUUCUGCACCCGCGUCAUCAGGGCUGAGUUCGACGGGGGGUUCGUCGAUCAACUCUUGUGGACCUGCCGCAAGUGGCUCAAGCAACACGACGUCCCGGUGCAGAGCUCCACUUUUUGGGCGCCACUGGAGCCGAAGACUCAGAAGAAUGCCGGUCAGGUACUGAUCGCCUUCGUGAACUUCAUGGCCGCGCUUCUGUCGGACGUCCCUGAAAAUCCAGGAGCUGCAUCUAUGGGCGCGCUUCACUGCGGACACAUCUUCUCUAUGGCGGCGCUUCUGUGUGACUCCUGCAGGCUUGUCAUGAACUCGCCUCAGCUGGACUACGAAGCUAAGGUCGAAUGCCUCCGCAGAGCACUAACUACAGCUGGCGAAGCUGCUGAACGAGGUGCCCCUGCCCGCAUGGCGGCGCUGGUGGACUGCUUGCGGGACGCUUUCCUAUCGUCGGAUGUUCCCGAGGAAGCUCGCUUGACCCUACUCGAACUUCUAGAGCUGCGUGCUUCAGGCUGGAAACUAUCCCUGGAGCAGCAGCUUUACUAUACCAGCCUCAACGACGCUGCCGCUGACGAAUAUGACAAUAAAUAA